AUGAAGAGCCCCGUCAACAUCCCCACGAACCAUCACUUCCUCCAUCAGAGAUCGCCUUCCUGCAACGGUAGUACUGCAGAAAAUAACACUUUCAACCAGCCCGCCGUCAGCAGCACUUCUUGUUAUGAACCUACUUCGGUUCUCGACCUCCGCCGGAGCUCCAGCCCCGUCGCCGCUGUCCCAGAUUCCUUUAACCCAGUCCCGGCCUUCUCCGGCGUAUCGUCAGAGGAACCUUCUUUUCAGUGGGAUGGCCAUGUACUCCCGUUGUCAUCGGACGACUGGGAUUCGAUGAUGUGGGCUUUGGAGGAGAAAGACAAUUCUGCCCCUUUGUCCAAAAGUCUCCCCCAAUUCGGUCCCCACGGACCACAAAGCCCAAAUUUUUCUCACCUCACAGCGCCCGAUUCCUUCUUCGGCUCUUCGCCUCACUCAGUCCCUGCUUUCAAUCAUCCCUCCGCCGCCUCCUGGAACCACAGUCCGACUUAUUUCAAUCUGUCGAACAAUUUCCACCAGAUUGGGAGCAACGGUGGAGAGGGGAUCGAAUUCGAUUGUUCACAGUUGGAUCAGCUCUUUCAAGCUGCUGGGUGCCUCGAAUCCAACGAAUCACAGUCCGCGCUGACGAUAUUGGCGCGGCUCAAUCAACGGCUGCAAUUUCCAAUGGGAAAGCCGCUUCAGAGAGCUGCGUUUUACUUCAAGGAAGCUCUCCUUUCGCUUCUCACCGGCUCCAACCGGAUCGACUGUUCUCUCUCUUCAUCCGAGAUAGUUUACAAGAUCAGAGCCUAUAAGGCCCUCUGGGAAAUCUCUCCCGUUGUUCAGUUCGCGAAUUUCACCGCUAAUCAGGCGCUUUUCGAGGCCGUUGAUGGAGCCAUGUUCAUACACAUAAUAGACUUCGAGAUUGGGCUCGGAGGUCAAUGGGCGUCGUUCAUGCAAGAGAUCGCAAGCAAUUCCAGGUCCCGUAACGUUCCUCCCUCGUCUCUUCGAAUUACUGCUGUUGUACCGGAAGAAUCGUUUCCUGAGGCGAACCUGAUAAAGGACAAUCUCUGUCAGUUCGCGCGCGAGCUUGGAAUUCGAUUUGAAAUUGAUUUCGUGAUCAUUCGUGUUUUCGAGGUCAUACUGUUCGACUCCAUCAAGUGCCUCAAUGGCGAGAUGACCGCCAUCAAUCUCUCUCCAACGAUUUUUAGAUAUCUCAAUACUUCCAGCUCCAUCCCAGAAUUCCUCCGAGUUCUAUCACGGAUGUCACCUCAGAUCAUUGUGUUCGUGGACGCUGAUGGCUGUAGAGAUACCGCAACGCCGUCGUUUCGACGGAAUUUCAUUGGCGCGCUUGAGUUCUACACUUCGGUACUAGAAUCGCUCGACGCGGGUAACACACGGGGCAUGGACGUGGUGCGAAAGAUUGAGAAAUACUUACUUCGCCCGAAGAUGUUGGCCGCCGUGGACGCAGCCAGAUAUCGCAUGGCACCGUGGGAGGAACUAUUCGCUCUCUCCGCACUACGGCCAGUGCGCUUGAGCGAGUUCACGGAAACCCAAGCCGACUGUCUGGUUAGGCGUUGGCAAGUCAGGGGGUUCCGCGUGGCUAAAAGAGAGUCCACCAUGCUGCUUUGCUGGCAAGGGAGGGAACUCCUGGCGACGUCGGCGUGGAGGUCCGGCCGCUGA